GACUACCUGAAGGGGAAGCACAGCUUCAGCUUGGAGAUGAACGCCUUUGGUGAUUUGACCAAUACAGAAUUCAGGGAAUUGAUGACUGGCUUUCAAGGCCAGAAGAUGAAGACGAUGACGAAGGUCUUCCAUGAGCCCUUGCUGGGUUAUGUCCCCAAGUCUGUGGAUUGGAGAGAGUAUGGCUAUGUGACUCCUGUGAAAGACCAGGGUUCUUGUGGCUCUUGUUGGGCUUUUAGUGCAGUUGGUUCCCUAGUAGGACAAAUGUUCAGAAAAACAGGCAAACUGAUUCCUCUGAGUGAACAGAAUCUAGUAGACUGCUCCUGGUCAUAUGGCAACAAAGGCUGUGAUGGUGGCUUGCCGGAACUUGCCUUCCAGUAUGUGAAGGAUAAUGGGGGCUUGGACACCAGUGUGACCUACCCAUAUGAAGCUCUGAAUGGAACAUGCAGGUACAAUCCUAAAAACUCUGCUGCUAAAGUCAUAGGCUUUGUGAACAUCCAGUCUAGUGAAGAUGCCCUGAUGAAGGCUGUGGCGACUGUCGGGCCUAUCUCAGUUGGAAUUGAUACUAAGCACAACUCGUUCCAGUUCUACAAGGGGGGCAUGUACUAUGAGCCAGACUGUAGCAGCACUCUUCUGGAUCACGCUGUCCUGGUGGUUGGCUAUGGUGAAGAGUCAGAUGGCAGGAAGUACUGGCUGGUCAAGAACAGCUGGGGUCAAGACUGGGGCAUGAAUGGCUACAUAAAGAUGGCCAAAGACCGGAACAACAACUGUGGGAUUGCUUCCGAUGCUUCUUACCCUAUUGUGUGA